AUUCGCCGAAAGACGGCACGAACUCGCGAGAGGCGGGCCACAUUGGUCUUGGGAGUUGUCAUGGCCACGUUCAUCCUCUGCUGGCUGCCAUUCUUCUUCUUCUACCCCCUAUCAAAACUGACGGGUCUCGACAUUCCGGGGACUCUCUUCACCCUUUUUUUCUGGUUGGGGUACGUAAACUCGGCCUUGAACCCAGUCAUUUACACACUCUUCAAUAGAGACUUCAGAGCUGCGUUUGGUUGUCUUCUGAAAAGAUGUUGCUGGUGC